UAGGUGCUGGGGAAUCUGGCAAGUCUACUUUCCUUAAACAAAUGCGUAUAAUUCAUGGUGUUAAUUUCGAGUACGAACUGCUCCGCGAAUACCAAAAUGUGAUAUACCAAAAUGUUAUUAGAGGUAUGCAAGUCUUGUUGGACGCUCGCGAAAAGUUGGACAUCUCGUGGGGAAGGGACGGACGAGAACAGGAUGCCAGCUAUGCCAAAUUAAUGGAAUGCAAUGCAAUUAAAUCCGUUAGGUUUAUUGAACAUGCACCACAAAUACGCCGCCUGUGGCAGGAUCGCGGCAUUAGAAGAGCUUUUGAAAGAAGACGUGAAUUUCAAAUUAGCGAUUCUGUAAGCUAUUUCCUGGACGAAAUUGAGCGGCUAGCUAAACCUGAUUAUGUCCCAACACAUAAGGAUAUUUUGCAUUGCAGGAAGGCAACGAAAGGGGUAUAUGAGUUUUGUGUUAAAGUCCAGAACAUUCCAUUUGUAUUCGUCGAUGUGGGUGGUCAGCGAACUCAGCGUCAAAAAUGGACUAGAUGUUUUGAUAGCUCCGUGACGUCAAUUAUAUUUCUUGUAUAUAGUUCGGAGUUCGAUCAAGUGCUUGCGGAAGACAGGAAAACCAAUCGUCUGGAAGAAUCAAAGAUUAUAUUUGAUACCAUUGUCAACAAUAAUACGUUCAAAGGAAUAUCAAUUAUUUUAUUUCUGAACAAAACUGACUUGCUCGAACAGAAAGUUUGCAAUCCUGAGACUGACAUUCGCUGGUACUAUCCGCAAUUUAAUGGCAAUCCACACUCAGUUUUAGAUGUCCAGAACUGCUGAAAGAGAGUUCCGACCCAGCCCA